CAUAAUGAAUAAUAUAAAGCAUAAAUAUACACUUGGAUAAAAAUGCCAUUUUUUUAUUGACCUAUGUCCAAUGUCACUUAUGGUAAAUAAUGGUCUUAACCUUAUUAUAAAUUUCUGUUGAUAUGAAAUUAUCUUUUGUGGUUUACCAAACAUCCUGUUUUGAUCUAUGUACACAUAACUUUGAAUUAUAACAACCAUAUUAUUUUUAAAAAAUUCAUUAAGUAUCGAUAACACUAAAAAAGAAAAUUGUUUACUAAAUGAAAAUUUUAAGUGUACUAUGUCAAAAAACAUUAAUACUACCUUAGAAAUUUCUCUUGAGGAGAAUAAAGAAGAAGUAAAAACAAUGUCAUUGUUGCCGAGAUCUUUAAGUAAAAUUAGCAAUGCCACUUAUAACACAAAAAAAACGAUGGCCCAAGGACUGAUGGAUAUUGCACUACUUACAGCUAAUGCCAAUCAACUUCGUUACAUACUGGAGUUUCGUAAUGAAAGAUCAGCUAAUUUUGUUAUACUAUUGUUGUUAAUAGCUUGCAGUCUCAUACUACAAGUAAAUAGUAAAGUAAUGGUUGGAGUUAUGUUAAUUUUCAAAGGACGUAUGGAUUAUAAUGGCAUAACAUAUAACAAAAUUAAUGCUGCUCAGCUCAACAAUUAUGUAGUAUUAGGAGUUUUUCUUAUUACUAUAAUAAAUAUAUUUAUCGCAGCAUUUACUGUUGCACCAACAUAAUUUUAAUUAUAAUAAUUAUUAAUUUAAACAUCUUCAAUGUUUAAAAUUUAUUAUUAAAUUGUGAAAAAAUAAUAAUAUUAAAACUCAAUUGUGUACUAAGGAACAUAAAUUGCCAUAAUAUAAACAAAUCAUGGAAUAUUUAUAAAAUACUUUUCAAAUUCAUUUUUAAAUAAUUUUAUGCAAUAGGAAUUAGUUUAAAAAUAAAUGGCUUCAGUUAGUACUCUAAAUUAGUGAUUAAUGUUUUUUAGAAUAUUUCACUAUCUUAUAAUAAAUACUUUGUAUACAUUGGUCAAGUACUCUGUUUCCUAUCAAAUAGUUAACCAUGGUGUAUAGAGAAAAGUAGGGUUGGUUGUUAUAGUUUAUAUAAUUUUAUUUUAAAAAUAUCAUUUAAACAGUUACCUAAUAUUUUACGAGUUCAUU